AUGCUUGCUGGUGACUUUAAUGCGAUCUUGAGCCUUGAUGAGAAGAGUGAGGGGCAAGGCUUUAACUAUUACAAUAGCUUGCAUUUUCAUAAUUGUGUUACUGAUUUGCUGCCUUAUGGACUUGGGAUUCCAGGGUCUAAAAUUCCCUUGGAAAAAGGGUUUGGAUUAGGAAAGAGUCAAGCCCUAUCAGUGCUACUUUUGAAGGUGGAAGCUCUUGAAUCUGCUAGGCAAUUUCGUCCAACAGGCUAUGGAAACUUGACAAGCUUGAAGCCAAAGACAACCAAGGUUAAGAAAGAAAGGAAAGAGAAAGGGAAGAGGUAUCUCAAUGGUAUAAGGAAACAGCUGUGGAUUCGGUAUGAGAGGUUAGAAGUCUCGAUCUGGUCCUAUGUUUGA